UGUGGAUCAUCAUGGCGGAAGGUUCCGACAACGAGACUUCGCAUCGCGAGAAGGAGCGCAAGAGCAGCCGGAAGGACAAAGAUCGCAGUGAUCGAAGCGACAAGGAUAGAAAGUCCAGUCGACGGGACAGGAAGGACGACGACAAGGACCGCAAAUCCAGCCGUAGUAGCCGUCGCUCGAGAAGUUAUUCCCCGCGAUAUCGGUCUUCCCGCCGCUCCCGGUCGCGCUCAUACGACCGACGCGAUCGACGAGAAAGCAGUCGUCGCAGCCGGCGCUCAGUUAGUCGUUCGAAUGAUCGCAAACGCUCGUCUCGUCGCAGUCGCAGUCGCAGCGACGACCGCCAUCGCCACCGCCGGUCGCCGUCUGCCGACUCCAAACCCGCAUCGUCGACAGCGCCCCCUGCGGCGACAGAUGAUUUGAAUGCGAUCCCACCCGUGGACGUCGCGCCCCCGUCGAAUCAGCCCACGAUUACGCAGAUGAUGUUGCAAUACCCGUCGUUGAGCAUUCAAGAGAUCAUGGGCAAGAUGUCGCAAAGUCAAAACACACUGUCCACGGUGGUCUCGUUGAAGCCCAUGCGCGAACUGUACGUGGGAAACCUCCCCCCCAAUGUCACUGCGACGCAACUGCAGGACUUUCUCGGGACGAUCAUCCAGCAAGUGGGGUUGGCGCUCCAAGGCCAGCCGGGCAACCCCAUCCUCAGCACGUGGAUCUCCACCGACGGCAUGUACGCGUUCUGCGAGAUGCGCACCGUCGAAGAAUGCAAUUUGGCGCUCAUGUUGAACCAGCUCAACCUGUUGGGGCGGCAGCUCAAGUUUGGCCGCCCGCGGUCGUUCGUCGGACCCGCCCAGCCCAUGCCCACCGUGACCAACCGCACCCAAACCGCGUUGGUGAAUUUGGGAUGCAUCCCAAAUCCCAUGUGGUUUGCGGGCGGGUCGGCCGCUUGCGGUCUGAAAGACGCCGGCGCCAUCCGCGACAACCACGUGUAUGGGGACCCGGCUCACAUCCCCCCCGACAACACAUCGAAUCGGUUGCUCAUGGCCAACAUCCCGACGGUGCUCACAGAAGAUCAGGUGGUGCAACUGGUGGAACCGUUUGGGGCGCUGGCUGCGUUUACCCUCGUGAGGAAUGCAGAGGGCGUGUCCGUGGGCAGCGCCUUGUUUGAGUACGAAGACAACGCGAUCACGGAAGAAGCUAUGAACGGGCUCAACGGGUUGGACCUGGGCGGCCAAGUGCUCAUGGUGCAGCGCGCGUCCAAGCAAGGGGCAUUACCCAAGUACAAGAAGGCGGGCGACGACGUAGCGGCGGCGGUGACCCCCACCCAAGUCAUUGUGUUGGGCAACAUGGUGCAACCGUCGGAACUGGCCGACGACGACGAGUUUGCAGAUUUAAAGGAGGACAUUGAGGAAGAAUGCAACAAGUUUGGCAAAGUCGUGGCGUUGGAGAUCCCUCGGCCCAAGGCUGGUGAGACUGUGCUGGGCGUGGGCAAGGUGUUUGUGCGGUUUGAUGCCGUGGCGGGCGCCCAAGCAGCAACAAAGGCGUUGACGGGGCGCAAGUUUGGAGGCAACAUUGUCCAAGUUGCGUACCUAUCGCUGGCCAAGUUUGAAACGCAAGACUUUGCAUAGAUAUGUGCUUUGGAUGAUAUGGCUCUCUAAUGUGCAUAUACAUAGCAGACGAUGAACAUGGACGAUAUACAUAUUGUGUGUCUCCUCCGUCUUCCGACUAGGACCGCACCAACCGAAACACGUCGGCAUCCCACGUCGACGAGUUGUCUCUCUCUCUCUCACGGGCGCCCCAUAUGUAUGUCCUGUAGGAUCGACGGAGGCUUUCGACGGAGCUAGCUUGUACCAGCAGCACUACUACUGGUGGAGUACGUAGUUGCCAUGGAGGUACACGCUUGACGACCUUGGGUUGAUUUCAAACGUGUGGUUUGUUUGAAAUCACGACCCUCGCCAUAGAAACAACAUGCUCGAAACUGGAUUUAAAACGUUUUAAAUCAUGUUGAAGUCAGGGG